AUGGGUUCGGGUUCAGUCUUUCCACUGUCAAGUGUGCCAUUAAUAUUAACCCUAGGAGGUCUUCUGGUUGCCUUCUUUGUUAACCCGGCAUGCUCCACUUCAAGACGAGCUCUCGAUCUCCAUGACCACCACCAAACCAUGCAAAAUGGGUUCAAGGUGACUCUCAAACACAUUGAUUCUGAUAAAAACUUGACCAAACUCGAGCGUCUUCAACGUAGAAUCAAGCGUGGCCGGAAAAGGUUGCAAAGGCUUAGCGUCUUAUCCACCUCAUCAUCAGAUCAUAAUUUGGGUGCCACCUCCCCGAUCCACGCCGGGCAAGGAGAGUUCUUAAUGAAGUUAUCAAUUGGCACUCCAGCUGAAACCUACAACGCUAUCUUGGACACCGGGAGCGAUCUCAUCUGGACUCAAUGCAAGCCUUGUAAGGACUGUUAUGAUCAGCCAACCCCGAUUUUCAACCCCGAAAAGUCCUCAACAUUCUCAAAGCUAUCAUGUGAAAGCGAGUUUUGUGAAGCACUACCCUCACAAACAUGCACCAACAACUCUUGUGAGUACUUCUACGCUUAUGGUGAUUUUUCCUCCACAGAUGGGAUUCUCGCAACCGAAACGUUCACAUUCGGAGACGUUUCCAUCCCGAAAAUAGGGUUUGGAUGUGGGAAAGACAAUCAAGGUGGUGGGUUCAAUCAAGGUGCUGGUCUUGUGGGGUUAGGGCGUGGAACAUUGUCGUUGGUUUCGCAGCUCAAGGAGCCCAAGUUCUCUUAUUGCUUGACUUCCGUGGAUGCCACAAAAAGUAGUAGCACACUUUUGAUGGGGUCUGUUGCAAACUUGGACAACACUACAUCAAAGCAUGCAGAUAUCAAAACAACCCCUUUGAUCAAAAGCCCAAACCCGGACCAAUCAACAUUUUACUAUCUUGGCCUUGAAGGCAUCUCCGUGGGUGACACUCGGCUGCCUAUAGAUAAAGACACAUUUGCCCUCGGAGAUGAUGGCAAUGGUGGGCUAAUAAUAGACUCGGGGACAACUCUUACAUACAUAGAAGAAGGUGCUUUUGAUUUACUGAAGACGGAGUUCACUUCCCAGAUCAAGCUUGCAGAGGCAGACGCGACCGAUACCGUGGGGCUUGACGUGUGCUUCAAAUUGCCGGAGGACGACGGCUCUGGAAAAGUAGAGGUGCCAAAGUUGGUGUUUCAUUUCAAGAAUGCGGAUUUAGAGUUGCCUGCUGAAAAUUAUAUUAUUGCUGAUACCGACGUUGGAGUACUUUGUUUGGCCAUGGGGUCUGCAAGCGCUAUGUCUGUGUUUGGGAAUUAUCAGCAGCAGAAUUUUCUGGUUUAUCAUGAUCUUGUCAAGGAGACGAUUUCGUUUGUUCCUACAAAAUGUGACCAGUUGUGA